AUGCUGAGAAAUUGUCUGAGGGAAUUGAGAAAUCAUCAAACAAGGCGUACAAUAAAAACGUUGCAUACGCCGAUUUAUAGGACGAAAAACCUCCACGUUCUCAGAGAUAUGCUUUCUGGUAUAAAGCUGUUGGACAAAAUAAUAAACUCAUCGUCAUACAACAAGACAUUAAUACAUGAGCCCAAGUAUAAAUCAAGAGCACAAGUGGUUAGUUCACAGGACACUGUGAGACUGAACAGCGUAAUCCGUGAGCUCUUAGAUUCGCUACAGAUGGAUGAAACUACUAACACGAAGCUUCAAUCAAAUAAACCUCGUAAAUUGGGGAGAGUUGGUCUUCAACUGUUCAUGGAUUGCUCCCCGGAUAUCUUGACAUCAACUUCAACGUCUUUAACUUCUUUUUUGCUGGAACAAUAUCUCAAAUAUCCUGAGGAGGAAGUAGUCAAUGGAAUUUUAAUCGGAUUGAAACAUAUCAGAGAUUUUCUGGAGAAAAAAAAAAUCAUGGUGAAAGGCCAAAGUGAGAUCGAUGCCCUCGUGGACCAAUUCGCCAUUUCCUCUUUGGAUGGCCGUAGCGUUAAAAAAGUUUUACAAGCCAUCAACUAUGAGUUGUUUUCGGAUGAUGUCGUGCGAGUCGUGAAUGGUAACAAGACUGACGAUGAGAUUGACGUCUCCAAAGGUUGGAAGUACCCCGCCGGUAUUUUAGAUAGUAAUGAGGCCUAUUUAAGAUCUCUGGAAUUGCCAAAAAAGAAAUUAGUCUCUAUUGAUAGAGAAAUGCUGGUUUUGAUGUAUGAUGGGACAUUAAGAGACGCCAAUAAGAUUCUUCCCACUAUAACGUAUGCCAGAAAUCUGAAAAAAUCUGUUCUUUUGAUUGUUAAUGGAGAUUGCACAGGCGAUGCUUUGACAUCUAUUACAAUCAAUAAUAACCGAAAUAAGAGAGAGAAUAACGAAAGCCGAACGGUUAUUAUGAAGUAUUCGGGUAAAGCAAACGACAACUUAGCACUACAAGAAAACUAUGAUUUUAUAAAAUUCUUACGCUUGCCUUGCGGAUACGAUAGUAUCUACUCACCGGAAUAUAGUCAAUUAGUCCCAAGCAAAAUGUGUGCAAAUAAAUAUUAUGGCAGUGUUGGGUCUAUAAAGGCAACCACGGGGGAGGCAUUUUUAUAUAAUAAAAUUGAUUUUCAGGCAACUCCUACUAACAAAGCUUCAAAAUCGUUUCUCCGAAAGACGGUAACCUUAAGCGUCGGCGGACGUAAUGAAAUCGAGAUUGAUCAGAGAAGAAAUACACUAGAUAACUUUUUGAAUAACACCUUAUGCCAUGGGCUAGCUGAAGGGUUCGUUCCUGGUUAUGGAGUUUCCUUGUUGAAGACGAUUCCAGGUCUGAACAAACUGAGAGCUAAUGAAUCCGAUUUCAUGACUAAGUUAGGGAUGAAUGCUGUUCUAUCUGCAGUUGUUCUUCCAUCCCAGGUGGCCUUUAGUAAUGCAUACGGAUAUAAUCAUUAUGAGAUUAGCAACCUGAUAGCCGAUGCCAUAAACGAAAACUCAUUUCAGAUGGUCAAAUUUUCUCCCAAUUCAGGACCGGUGGAUACGGUAAAAUCCGGGAGCUUAGAGCCAUGGAGUAAAAUGGAUUCAUCUUUAGCUGGGAUAGGAACGUUCAUCAAGUUGCUUACUAGCUGUAAUAUCAUUGUCACAUGUAUAUAUGAAAAGCCCGACAGGCGCACGACUUAG